UUGAUAGGAAUAGCUGACAAGUGGAAUUCUAUGAUAAUCCGUAAAGGAAAAGGAAGCGGAUGCAACCGUGAAUGCGACGAACGUGAACCGUGAACCGGUGAUCGGCAUGACGCGCAUCCGCGUUGAGAAAAUGAGAGGGAACGAGAGGAAGAGAGAGAUAGAGGGUGGCGAAAAAACAACAUAUGGAGACGCUUAGACGCGAAGUAGAGGAUUCUUUUUAUCGAAUCUCCCCGAGUGAGAAGUUUUGAGAUAGUUUAUCGCAUCGAGUCAGGUUAGAAUCGCAUAUGGAUCAAGGCUUAGGCUAGUGGACAUAGAAAAAUGUAAACACAAGAACUACAGCAAUUGAACAUUUAAUCAUAUAACUGGAUCUGUCAAAUUAUGCACAAGCAAGUGUGAAUUUGUAAAAGCUCUGUUGUUUGUUAUUCGAGAUCUACUUGUCAUUGUGUUAAGAAUAUACCAAUAUGUUAACGGAACAGAAUAUGAUUAUGGAGCUGACUGAUUCCAGUGAUACAAUGCCAAUUGGUUUUAUUACAACAGACGAUGGUCAGACAUUAUUGGCAGUGGGUGAACAUGAAGAUGGUAUAUUAGAAUUCAUGGCGACGCCUAUUACAUUAAUGCCACAAAAUAAUGUGGUGUCUCCAGCACUAAUAAAAACUAUGGAUGGAAGUUUUAUUUUACAUCCACCUGUUCUUCAAUUGAAUGUAGAAGGUCUGCCUGGAACUGUGAUGCAACAAACAAACCUACUGCCACUAAUACAACAUUUUGAGAAUGGGUCUUCAGUAACGGAGCAGCUUAAAGUGCAGGAUACAAAUGAAUGUGUUGUUACAGAAUCUUUGUUACCUAUUACUAGAGAUAAUAGCGAUGUGUUAUCGAUCAAGGAACAAUCGACAAUUGAUAAUCAUGCUAAAAGCAGAUCUACGCCUGUAUCUGCGAUACAAAACGUCUGCAACAGAUCCCCAGGAAGACCGAAAAAGACUGGGAUAACUUCACAAAAUAUACAGUCUCUGAAAUGUGAUAUAUGCAGACAAGAAUUUACUAAACAGACAGUGUAUCGUAGACAUAUGGAAAAUCAUGCCGAGGAAAAACCACAUAGAUGUCCGAAAUGUCCAGCAUCAUUUAAUAUUCCAACAAAUUUCACGCUUCAUAUGGCAACGCAUAAUACCGGCGAUCCAAAAUGUCCCGAAUGCGGUAGAAAAUAUGCCAGAAUGGCGAGUCUGAAAUCUCACAUGUUGCUACAUGAGAAGGAGGAGAAUCUCUUUUGCACGGAAUGCGAAGACGCCUUUUCGACAAAGGCUCAAUUGGACGCGCAUUUGAAGCUUCACGGGGAAAAGUGGGCGAGUGAGGAUGUGCGAAAAUGUAAAUUGUGCAACAAGCAAUUUGUGCAACCCGCGCUUUACCGAAUGCACAUUCGCGAGCAUUACAGACUACAAACGAAGAUAGUAAAGCAAACCAAGAGGGGAACGAAACACAAAACAAUGUACAAAUGUACCAUAUGCUUGAAGAUCUUCCAAAAACCGAGCCAAUUGAUGCGGCAUAUUAGAGUACACACUGGAGAAAAGCCAUUUAAGUGUACGAUUUGCAACAGAGCGUUUACUCAAAAGAGUUCAUUGCAAAUUCACACAUGGCAACACAAGGGUAUUCGGCCGCACACUUGUAGCCUCUGUAAUGCCAAGUUUAGUCAAAAAGGGAAUCUAAAGGCGCAUAUACUCAGAGUGCACAAUGCACCAGAAGGUGAACCUACGUACGCCUGUUCCUUUUGCUCUUGCAUUUUCAAGAAGUUAGGCAGUUUAAACGGGCACAUAAAGCGAAUGCAUUCUGUGUCCGCGGAGGAAUCCGCUGUCAAGCCCACGGAAGAUAAUUCCAGUAUCUCAUCGGAAGCUGACAUGCGUGCGACCGUUGACAGCGUUAUAUCGCAAUUGGCGUCUCUAGAAUCCGCCGUAAGCAAUACCACGGAUUCGAUAAGGCCCACAACGUUAAAUGUAGAAGAGAACGAUAUCCUGCAACAAGCGUUAAAAAACAGUGGCUUGCCGAAUAAAAAUGAAGUAAUUUCGAAAGCAGGAACUACAGAACCGAAAAAAACGGAUUCACCAACGUCAUAUGUCACGCUAUUAGACAGAACCGCUGGGGGUACUUCAAAGAAGUAUCUCACCAUAAAGCAACGCUGUAUAGGAAAUGUCCGAUGGUAUGCAUGUUCGUAUUGUCCAAAGGAAUUCAAAAAGCCGUCGGACUUGAUACGCCAUUUGCGAGUACACACGCAAGAGAAACCUUUCAAGUGUAUGUAUUGUGUGCGUUCUUUCGCAUUAAAGUCGACAAUGAUAGCGCACGAGCGAACUCACACUGGAGUGAAAAAAUACGCUUGCGAGUCCUGUGAUAAAACUUUCGCUUGUCAUAGCAGCCUUACCGCUCACAUGAGAUUACAUACGAAACCGCAUAAAUGCAACAUAUGCGACAAAUCAUUUAGCACGAAUAACAUCCUGAAAAACCACGUGAAAAGUCAUACGCAAGAAAAAUCCAAGAUAUCGCCGGAAGCACAGAGUCUAGUGCCGCAAGUGGUAUUGCAAGAACCGCUCGUCAUUAGCGACACCGGCAAUAAAAUCAGCGUUGCGCAAGUGCAGUCGAAACAAAAACAAUUAUACGAAAGCGUUGGCGUGGCCAGGCCGCACGAGUGUUUCGUCUGUCAUGCGGCGUUUAGAAAAGUCAGCCAUCUGAAGCAACAUUUUCGCAGGCAUACGGGCGAACGUCCUUACAAAUGUUCCAAGUGCGACAGGAGAUUUACGUCGAAUAGCGUCCUAAAAUCUCAUCUGCACACGCACGAGGACGCGAGGCCAUACAGUUGUUCAGUAUGCGAUGUAAAAUUCUCGACGCAGAGCAGCAUGAAGAGGCACUUAGUCACGCAUAGCAAUAAAAGGCCGUAUAUGUGUCCGUACUGCCACAAGACAUUUAAAACAUACGUGAAUUGUCGGAAACACAUCAAAAGGAAGCACGGACUCGAGCUGGCGCAACGGCAAUUGGAGGAACAAAAGACGCAGGAGCAAAAGGAGUCACAGCCUUUGAGCGACGAUAAAACAGUUAUCCCGGCAUUAUCGGAAAACAUCACCCUCACCGAAGAUAUGGAAGUGUCGUUUCAACCGCAAAUGGCGCCAGAUUUUACUCAAGCUUUCUCUGAUCAAUUUCAUCAAAAUAUCAGCGAAAAAGAAAAAUCUUUCUUAUUAACGGAUAACACAAUGCCAUCAAUAGUGAAUCAAAAUUUAUCUCUCGACACUAAUUUAACAUCACAAACUCUACACGCUGAUGAAACCGGUACCAUCACGUUACCUCAUUAUUCAGGGGAUCAAACUUUUACGCCAGAAAGCAUGCGGGAACUCGAGGAAACUCUGAAUCUAAAGCAACUGCUUAAUAUCGGCGUGAAUCUCGGAUUGGAAACAAAUAAUCUACCAAGGCAGAUGGACGAAACGAAUACGAGUUCUCUUAAUAAUUCUAGGGAACAACCGGUGCUCAAUAUUAUAUACGAGCAUAACAAGAACAUGGAAUCAUCGAGCAAUACUAUAUUUAUGCCACAAUUUGAUUCAUUGGAUAUGAAUCAAAUUACGUUACAGACGGACAACGAUAUAGACAUCGGUUUAAAUCCGAGUAAUGUCACGAACAUAUCCAAUAUCUUGCCCCGAUCCGUGCGAAGUAAUCAGCAAGAGGAUCAACAAGCUAUUCCUGUUAGUACCAUCAGCAAUAUAGAUACUUCUCAAAUUACAAGAAAUACUCAUCUAGUGGUAAUAAAUUCUAAGGAGAACUGCUCAGAAUUGAUGAGACUCUCGCAAGUAUGCCCGUCGAAGUAUUCGAAAGUUAUUGCGAAAGCAGACACUACAAAUGAAUCGGAAAUACAAGGUGUGAAUGAACAUGAAAAAACAACGCAGAAAAGUAACUCUGUGUCAUACGAAAAUGAGGAUGAGAAAAAUUCUUUGUUUAUGAAGAAUUUUCAAAGUGCAAUGAAUUCGGAGAUACUUAUCUCUUCUGAUAUGGAUAAUCCUAUUAAAAUAUCAGAGUGCAAUACUCUGUUGCAGUGCCAUAUGUGCGGCAAUCAAGGUUUCACGACAGAAAAAUUAAAGGAACAUCUGAGAUCUCAUCGCGGUGCCAAAGAGUACGAAUGCUCGGAAUGUUCUCAACGAUUCUGUACGAACGGCGGUCUCAGUCGGCACAUGAAAAUGCACACGAACAAGCAACGGUGGAAAUGUACAACCUGCCAAAAGAUACUGGGGAGUAAACUGCAAUUGAAAUCUCACAGCAAAAUGCAUACCGAGUCUUGGAAUGUUUCAUCCAUGGAAUCGGACAGCUCUCAAAAGGAACUUACUUCCUCGAAUUCCGGAUUACCAUCGAUACCGACACUGGAUGUCCCAAUAAACGCGGACUCCUCCGUUUCCGAGAAAGUUUUGAUGGAUGCAGUUGCUGAGAGGAAGAGCAUGGACCACGCGGAUGAGAACGUGGAAAAGAAAGAAACAAGGGAAUAUACUAAUAAAUGCAAGUAUUGUCCAAAAACAUUUCGUAAACCGAGUGAUCUUAUUAGACACAUUCGCACGCAUACAGGCGAACGACCGUAUCAGUGUGAACACUGUAGCAAGAGUUUCGCAGUCAAGUGCACUCUGGAUUCGCAUAUGAAGGUUCACACGGGCAAGAAGACAUUUUGCUGCCAUGUCUGUAGCAGUAUGUUCGCUACGAAAGGCAGUUUAAAAGUCCAUAUGCGAUUGCAUACUGGUUCGAAGCCAUUCAAAUGUCCUGUGUGCGAUCUACGAUUCCGUACCUCAGGUCACAAGAAGGUGCACAUGCUGAAACAUGCGAGAGAACAUAAGGGCGGCACAAAACGCAAACCGAAGCAUUCAAAGAUCGCGGCGGUAGCGGAAGCGGUAGCCAAUCUCGAAAAAAUCGGCAAUAAUUCAGUGGAGAAUACCUCAAUGACCACAACAGCAAUAACGGCGACAACAACGACGAUAACGACGACGACGGCGACAACUGUGACUAAUGUUGAGGCCACGCCAUCGCAGAAUUUAGAUUAUUCCUCGUUGGAGCAGACAGUAAAUCUUGGUACUACGAUUCAGCUGUCGAAUCAAAUCGCAUUCAACAAUACCGAUGCGACAACAAUUCUCAACAACAACAGCAACAUGCUUUCCGUGAACGAGAACAAUGAGUUGGUACAGUUCUUGUUGGCGAACGUUGGUCUCGUCACUAUUCAAACAGACGAUCCUCUUCUGACACAAUCAGCGACUAAUAGUUCCGAUACCAUCAGCGCUGGAGUACCAACCAAUGUAAUUGAAUUGGUUAAUCAAGAUCCUUUCCAAGAAGCUUGUAAUUUAAAUAACGCCAAUCACGUCGUGAUAACUAGCCAAGUGCCGACAGAGACGACAAUCGCGAAUGCGACCAAUGCGACAGUUCUUGCAAUGAACAAUUAUAUGCCUCCUGUUUCUAUGGUACAAAUACAGAAUCAAAGCGUAAACGGUAUUGACGGUGUGUCUGAAAUAAAGAUGAGCGAUCAAACGACGGCAACGACAGCAAAAGCUUCUCCGCAAUCUUCGAGGAAGGAGUGCGACGUGUGUGGUAAAACGUUUAUGAAACCCUAUCAAAUGGAACGGCACAAGCGCAUUCACACAGGGGAACGUCCAUACAAGUGCGAGCAAUGCGGCAAGUCAUUUGCACAGAAGUUUACAUUGCAGUUGCAUCAGAAGCACCAUACUGGUGACCGACCAUACUCUUGCCCGCACUGCAAGCACCUGUUCACGCAGAAAUGCAACUUGCAGACGCAUAUGAAACGAGUCCAUCAACUGGUCAUGCUCGAUGUCAAAAAGCUAAAGAGCGGCCAGCAGAUGUUGGGUGCACUUUUACAAGACAAUCAAAACAAUGAUGCCAAACUGGUGAGCCUGGAUGAUAUACUGGUGGUAGAUUUUCUCAAGUAAAUGUUUCAAAAAAUUUCAAGACAUGCUUCUUUCGAGAAGAUCAAUCCUGUGAUCUGAAUCAAUUGCUUAUAAGUGUGUAAUAUAAUGUACUAAUUAAAAACGCUGCAAAUGAG